AUGGCGAGCGCUUCUUCCCGGUCGCUGCAGCUCGGCAUGCGCCGGUGCUGCGCAGCCGCUACGACAAAAUCAGCGACGACGACGACCUUUUCCCUAUCCUCCAGCAGACGAGCCGUGAGAGCAGCAGCCACAGCAGUCGCAACAUCACCUACGGAGAGGGCACGAUGCUUCUCGAGCACGGCGUGGCGCGGUGCUGACGACGAGGUGCGGUCGUCCAAGGGCCGCGAGCGGGAGCCUGAGCAGGCGCAGGGGCACAGGAGCUUUGAAGACAUGAUGCUGGCCGAUAAGGACGACGGUUUCAAGAAUCUCAGCCCACGGGAGAGGAUUGAGGCUGAGCGGGCGAUGACGGACCUGGAACAUGCGUUAUCCAUCGCGAGCCGCCCAGACCGGAAGGGAAGGGACCAGUUCUGGAACGAGGACGAGCCGGAACCGGAAAUGUUUCUAGAAGAAGGUCCCGAAGACGUGGACCACAGCGACGAAAUGACGAGCAUGGGCCACGGCAAGCUCGAGGAGAUCCGCGACCAGCGCCACCUGGCACGCAUCAUUGCAUGGGAGAUGCCUCUUUUGGCAAAGUUUGCAAAGCCGUUUGAGCCCCCGAGCAACCAGCAGCCCCUGCGUUUCCGUUACACUUCGUACAUGGGCGAGCUCCACCCGGCCGAGAAGAAGGUCGUGGUCGAGUUCUGCCCGUCCGACUUGGGCCUGACGACCGUCCAGGAGAACAAGCUCAUGAAGCUGGCCGGCGUGCGCUACAACCCGGAGACAAAGAUUGUGCGCAUCAGCUGCGAGAUGUUUGAGCACCAGGCGCAGAACAAGCGCUACCUGGGCGACCUGGUUGACCGACUGAUUGCCGAGGCCAAGGACCCUACAGACACCUUUGAAGACAUUCCGCUCGACACCCGCCACCACAAGUUCAAGUACAAGCCCAGCUUCCCCAAAGAGUGGCGCAUGACCGAGGAGCGCAAGAAGGAGCUCGAGGCGGCUCGUGCCCAGUCCUACCUGCUGGAUCAGACGAAGGCCGCCCAGGGCACGCUGAUCGAUGGCGUCCAGCGCAUCCAGGCUUCCCUGGCCGCGCCUGCACCUGCCCAGGGCGCCAUUGGCGACAAGGUCGCAGAACUUGCUCGGUUGCGGCCCGUUCAUCCCCAGACGCCACUCCAGCGAUAA